AUGAAGAUUCUGCUAGAGGAUUCUGUUCGACUCCGCCUGGAGCCGGAAGACUCCUUCCAGCUCUUUCAGGACUCGCUCCUGAAGCAUGCGGUUGAGCGUCCGCCCAGGAGUGUCGGCAUUUUUUCCUUUGAUGAUGUGAAGUCCAUCGUCGAGUACGCGACGAACUCGUUCUUUCGGCACUACAGGCUCUACAUCUAUGCCUUCAUGACGCAUUGCGACGUUUGCCUGAGGGUAGGUGAGCCGCUAGGAGGAGCGAAGCCUUUGAUGAUUGAAGCCCUGCCAAUGUCUGCAGAGUCUGAGGUUGAUCCUACCUUGCAACCUGAGUUGGCGCAUUUAUUCAGGCCGUCCGAGCAGGAGCAGGCUGAGGCGGAAAUGCGCCGCAUCCAAAAUAGAGAGGAGCCCGAGGACGAGCGUGCCGCACUGAUCAAGCAGCGGGUUGAGGAAGGAGUCAAAAGGCUGAUGGAUCAGUUCGAGGACAAGUUGAAAGAGCAGGACGAGCGCUUCAAUGCCAUGUUGAAUGGAUAG